AUGUCUGACCCAGAGAGGAACGACGCCAUCACGCGCUACACCGAGUCGCUGCUGGAAUCGCGGAACUGGGAGGUCAAGCUCAAGAAUCUGCGGCUGGAGAUCAAGGACCUUGAGAAGGAGUUCAACCAGACAGAGGAGAACAUCAAGGCAUUACAAAGUGUCGGCCAGAUCAUCGGCGAGGUCCUCAAGCAGCUCGAUGACGAGAGAUUUAUCGUCAAGGCAUCCUCCGGUCCUCGAUAUGUCGUCGGCUGCCGCUCCAAGGUCGACAAGGCGAAGCUGAAGCAAGGAACCCGUGUCGCCCUCGACAUGACAACCCUCACAAUUAUGCGCAUGCUCCCCCGGGAGGUCGACCCCCUCGUCUACAACAUGUCUCUGGAGGAUCCUGGCCAGGUCAGCUUCGCCGGUAUUGGUGGUCUGAAUGACCAGAUCAGAGAGCUGCGUGAGGUUAUCGAGCUGCCACUCAAGAACCCAGAACUCUUCCUGCGGGUCGGCAUCAAGCCACCAAAAGGCGUGUUGCUAUACGGACCCCCAGGAACAGGCAAGACCCUGCUGGCGCGUGCUGUGGCGAGUAGUCUGGAGACCAAUUUCUUGAAAGUUGUCUCCUCUGCCAUCGUCGACAAGUACAUAGGAGAGUCUGCCCGUCUCAUUCGCGAGAUGUUCGGGUACGCCAAGGAGCACGAGCCUUGCAUCAUCUUCAUGGACGAGAUCGAUGCCAUCGGUGGCCGAAGGUUCUCCGAGGGUACAUCCGCAGACCGAGAGAUCCAGAGAACACUCAUGGAGCUGCUGAACCAGCUGGACGGUUUCGACUACCUCGGAAAGACCAAAAUCAUCAUGGCCACGAACCGACCUGAUACCCUGGACCCCGCGCUGCUGCGUGCCGGACGUCUGGACCGCAAGAUCGAAAUCCCCUUGCCCAAUGAGGUUGGCCGCCUUGAGGUUCUCAAGAUUCACGCUGCCAGUGUGGUCACCGAGGGCGACAUCGACUUCGAGAGCGUGGUCAAGAUGAGUGAUGGCCUCAACGGUGCAGAUCUUCGCAACGUCGUUACAGAGGCCGGCUUGUUUGCGAUCAAAGACUACCGGGAGGCAGUGAACCAGGACGACUUCAACAAGGCUGUGCGCAAGGUGGCUGAGGCAAAGAAGUUAGAAGGAAAGCUCGAGUACAAGGAGAUUUGAUGCAGAAAAUGAGAAGAGGUAGCAGAAUUCCUGCGCCGAGUACAAGCCGCAUUGUAUAGCUAGUGAGUGGAUUGUGAUACUUUACCGUCGCAUAGACAGCCGGAAGACGUUGACAGGGGAACGUCCUGGUAAUUUACACGCUGUUCAACCUUG